CAACAGCAGCACCAACAACAUCAACAACAACAUCAACAACAACAUCAGCAGCAGCAGCAGCAUCAUCAACAAAAUUCGCAGCAAUUACCACAAGAACAAUUACAGAAAAAUCAACAGCACUUAGAACGACCACAACAACAAAUUCAAUCGCAACCACAACAGUUACAACAAUUUCCCCUAGAACAACAACUACAAGCUGAUGGAGCGCAGUUAAAUGUUCAAAACGCUUAUCAAUCACAGGAACAUUUAAUACAAGAAAAGAGUCAGGACCAAGAGUCAGAAUUUCAACCGCAAUUGAAACAACAGCACCAACAAAUAAACCAUCAAUUGCAACAACAUCAAUACCAACCACCACUACAACCCUCACCUCAGCAUCAAGAAUAUCAAGAACACAAAGAACCAAAAAAAAUUUACCACGUCCAACAGAAACUGUAUCAUCCACAGCAACAACAUACAUACCAACAGCAAAAACAGUUACAUACGAAGCAGCAGUAUCAAUCUCAGGUGCAGCAGUCAUCAGCACAAAAUCAAAAUCAAAAUCAACAUCAGCAAAUGGUAGCUCCAUCAAAUCAACAACAGCAAAUGCAUGGACAACAAAGUCAUGAUCAACGCAAACAAGCACCAUCCAGUAACAAUCCUCAUCCUAGAAGAAAAUAUACAGUCGAAUACGGCAACAGCAACACCAAUAUUAACAACAACACCAACAGUCUUAAUCAAAAUCAAAAUCAAAAUCAAAACCAAAAUCCACAUCAAUCAUCAAAUACAAAUAGUAGUAAUGAUUCUAUUGUUCAAGGAACAAAAUCCAUGUCAUGGACAAAUUCAUCGCAACAUAAAAAAUCCACAGCUUCUGUAGCUGUUACAGCAACGCCAACUUCAAAUGUUAAUUCGAAUGCGGGCAAACAGUACAGCCACUCUCGUACAUACACAAAUCAGCAUCAUCAUCAUCAUUCUCAGCAAUCACAAAAUAAUUACAGUCAGCCACAGACACGCGGCCAUAGUGGAAUGAAGGGGCCUUCAUCACCGAUCGCAGCAGCACCACCGAAUGGUGACCGUAAGCAUAGCCAAGGAGAUCAAAUACCAAAAGUAAGCACGAGCACGGCUACCACCAACAUAAUAAAUAAUAUUAAUAACUCUGCAGUUGUCACACAAAUAACUACCUCCGUUGGGUCAAAUUCUUCUCCGCAUAAUAUACCACCAAGUCAAAAUUCGUCUAAUAAUGAAGUUAAUGCGCUGAGCAAUAAACAAUAUCCAGGAUUUGCAAAUAAAAAACAAGCAAUUGCUACAGCAACUACGUUAGAUACGCCACCAGCAACUGCAGUCACAGCACCAACGAUUAAUUUAGCACCACCUAUACCAGCAGUCACAUCUUCUACCAAUACUGGAUCCACUUGGGCCAGUUUGUUUAUAAAUAAAAACAGCAUAACCAGUAAUACUGCCGUAUCUGCAAGUGCUCAAACCAUUUCUAGCACAUCCCUUGACAAAAGUAAUGAUUCACCAGCUUUACCACCGCCCUUUUCAUCUAAGAAACCCAUAGCUAAGGUAGCACCGUAUGACGGCAAUAACUCAGUCGUCGCACAAAUUACACUGCCAAUAGUGACACCUGGUACCAUGUCAUAUUCAGCCGCUUCAGCUCAAGGUUUAUUGAAUACUGCAACAAUAGGUCAGUGUGCAAAUGCUUCCCGCAGCACUAAAACACAGUCAACAGUUACAACACAAGCAGUGCCGCGACGUAAUAGCGCCCAUCUUGAUGAAUGGUCUCAAAAAUACGCUGAUCAUCUUGUUAAAUAUAAAACCGAAUUGUCGAACGUUAGCUUACGUCCACGUGGUCUAACAAAUCGGUCGAACUACUGUUACAUUAACUCCAUACUGCAGGCUCUUAUGGGUUGCUCACCGUUCUACAAUUUGAUACGUUCUAUACCAAAGCAAGCGGCUACAUUGUGCGAUGUCAAAACUCCCACUAUAAAUGCAAUGAUUUCGUUGAUGUCAAACUUUUCUACAUUACCAAGCGGCCAGCGGUUGCGUACUAAUAAUAAAAAUUCAAAGGGUAAGGAUGACUUGGGCGUUGAGUUGCAGUGCGAUCCAUCGUUUGAACCAACCGAGAUAUAUAAGCUGUGGAAUGAGAGCCGCGAAGAACACUCUGAAGGACGCCAGGAAGAUGCUGAAGAGUUUCUUGGAUACGUUCUGAAUAAGCUUAAUGAUGAAAUGCUAGAGGUUGUUAAAUUAAUUGCAAAACCAGCUACAACAAAUGGACAAAACGAUCAAAAUGAAAACGAUGAUGGUGAUGCUUGGCAAAUGAUCUGUAAUAAUCGCAAUAAAGGUAGCAUUACCCGACAAACAGAUUUUGGCAGAACGCCACUGAGUGAUAUUUUCCGUGGCGAAUUACGUUCCCGUUUGCAGCGCGAAGGUGAACAUUCUACGGAUGAUAUUCAACCUUUUUUUACUUUGCAAUUAAAUAUUGAAAAAGCUGCCUCUGUUAAGGAAGCUCUGGAGAUACUUGUAGGUCGAGAUCAGUUGGAAGGUGUGACCGGCAGCAAAACGAAACAAGAAGUUGUUGCUUGGCAACAAAUGACACUUGAGAAACUGCCUACGAUAUUGAUAUUGCAUCUAAAGUGGUUCGAUUACAAGUCUGAUGGAUGCACAAAAAUACUGAAAAAAGUCGAUUUUCCAGUUGAGUUAAAAAUUGAUACGAAAAUAUUAGCUUCCAAGAAGUAUUCACAAAAACAACGUGCAUAUCGUUUGUUUGCUGUGGUUUACCAUGACGGCAAGGAGGCUUCAAAAGGACACUAUAUAACUGAUGUCUAUCAUACCGGAUACAAUAGUUGGUUGCGUUUUGAUGAUAGUACAGUAAAGCCAGUUAAUGAAAAUCAUGUUCUGUAUCCACAUAUUCCGCGUGUACCCUAUCUGUUGUAUUACAGACGUUGUGAUACACUGCCACAUACGACAGCAACAGCCAACAAUGCUAACACCAAUAGUUCCUCAGGUAGCAGAGCAAGUGAUGGAAAAUAGAUAGAUAAAUAUAACUAUUAGUCGUAUUUAUGAUUUGAUAUCGUAGAUAAAGUAUAGGACUAUAAAUUUUAUAUUUUAUUUAAUUUUUGCAUUAGUUCCAAUUUAAUAUAUUAGUUUAACAUAGUUGUAAUGUGUGCAAUUAGAAAUUGUAUAUACAAUUAUUAGGGCAUAAAAAAAUAUUCUAUCUAGUGGUAAUUGGUUUAAACAUAUGUACACAUAGAUGUAUACAUAUACAUAUACAUGAGUGCCUGUGUGUGUGUCUGUGAGGUCAUUAAAAAAGUGGUCAUAAAUGCGUUAUAUGUCGUUACUAAUAUUACUAUUAUAUAAAUAAUAUAUAUAAUUUUUUUUUUAUUAAUUUAAGAGCAAUGUAUCCGUUAUUAUGUAUAGCUUUCAAUAUAUAGUUAAAGUUAAUAAUUUAGAAAUUUAUAUUUAGGCUUAUGUAUUAUACAAAAUUCC